AUGCCUUCCUGGACCACCUUCCUCGUAUACCUUAUUACCUGCUUGGGAUUCGCUCUCGCUGUACCCGUUGAGCAGUUUGCGGGCAAUAUUACUGCUGGCAAUGUCAAGGGCGAGGGUCCUUACCCUUACUCCCUCCAAAUUCAGCUUGAACUGGUUAAGGACAAUCGCUACGUCUGGACUAUCUUUCAAGGACCUAGCGGUGUCGCCGUGAACCCUUGUGGAGAUAGUCGCUUUGAGAGGGUCUAUCAUGGCGCGGAAGGAUAUUACAUGGCGGACAUGGACAUGAACAACCCGCCUAACGUUCGAAACUACGAACCCUUCCCCCCUUACUUCGACUGGCGGAUCGACUAUCGUGGCCACGACGACUGCCUAUACCAUUCUGAUGUUAGAUCCGCUAGUAAGUUCACUUGUGGAGACGAAUACAUAAUCGAUUGUGCCAAGGACACUCGGUAUGGACAGCAAGUUUCAUGCGGCAAAUAUCCGCACUUCUCUGCCGCUUGGGUCUGCGAGUUUUGA